AUGGAUUUUCAAACUCCCUGGAAUCUUGUCGACGAAAACUUGGACAUCGAAGACCUCGAAGAAUUCGAUGUACCAACUCACGGCAAUCAGCGACAGAAACAAAAGAGAAAUGGAAGAAAAACUGCGAGGAAGGUCCAGAAACGCUCCAGAAAAUCCGGUCAGCAAGAAGUUGCUUCCAAGAAGACGAAGAAGGCAGAACCUGUAAGGCAACCGGAGGAGAAAUAUGAAGAAGAACAAGAUCAAGAAGAACAUAAACCGGAAGCGCAAAAUCCAGUAAAGCAACUUCAAGAAGAGCAAGAUCAAGAAGAGCAGGAUCAAGCCGAUGUCCCUGGACAAGUAGCUCUUCCAGACGGAGUUUUUCUCUACAAGGUUCAGAGUCUCUAUCGACACGGCGUGGAUCUUCACGUUCGGUCUGACGAACCGAACGUGAUGGAAGUUAUCGAAAAAAUUUUCACAGAAUUCUAUAAGAACGUUCUUCCACGCCUUCCCCUCCAGCAACCCGAUUGGAAAGCUAUGGACACAACUGACUUGAUGGAAUUUUUAGAAAGCUUCAAUUUCGCGGCAGAGAAGUUCAAAAAAGAGAAACCACGUUCUCUCUUAACUGCCGCAAGAUGGAGGAAAGUCCAUCUUCAAAGUGAUUCGUUCAAAGAAGGCCAUCUCAUCACUGAAUUGGCAAGGAAGUUAUCUGUUGUUGAUGAAAGAGUGCUGAAGAGACACUAUAAAAGCUUCUCGGAAGAAACUUAUGGAGCAACGAAGACAGAGCAAAUGAAGCAUAUGUUGGAUCAAUUGAAGGUCAAAAAUGACGAUGUCAUUUUUGACCUUGGCUCUGGCAUUGGCCAACUCGUGACGUUUACCGCGAGCUACGCCAAUGUUGCCAUGGUGUACGGAAUCGAGAAGUGCGAUGCCCCUGCCGACAUCGCCGCUCGGAUUUCGGAGAAUUUCAAGAGGCUAAUGAAAUUCUUUGGAAAGAUUCCGAGCCCCUUUGAGUUGAUCAAAGGGGACUUCACCAAACCGGCCAACAAAGAAUCGAUCGUAAAGAAGGCCACAAUUAUUUUCGUGAAUAAUUGGCUUUUCGGUAAUGAAUUAAUGCGAGACCUGCGAGAAAUCCUCCACCUCUGUGCCCCCGGAACUCGCGUCGUGGUCACAAAGCUUAUCGAUCAAACCAGAUUCAACAAGAAAACUUAUGUUGGACAUUUCAACAGCUUCUCCCACACAGCUCCGCUGGACAGCAUUGACUGUCCCGUGGAAUGGACAGAUAAGAAGUUUGACUUCUGGGUAUCGAGGAUGGAUAACGAGAAGGUCUACAAUCUAGCUGAACAUUUUAGAGCAGAGGAGGAGGAACAGGAAGCGAAGAGAGAGACAAAAAGAUUGGCGAAAGCACAGAAGGCCGAGCUGAACUCCCAUAAGUUUUCUUAG